AUGGCGGCGGUGGGUGCAGUGCAGCGGGCGCCAACAAAGUACGAAACAAACAGGGAAAGCUCCCAAAAGAGAAAAACGGACCAUGGCGCUGUCGCGCUGUCGCCCGCAUCCACUCACCGCAAAAUGCGAGUGCCCUUCGACAAGGUCAAGUCGCUGCGCGACCGCACGGGCCAGCCGCUCCAGCGCUGCAAGGAGGCACUCGCAUCGACCGGGUGCGACUUGGACGCUGCCGAGCGAUGGCUGCAAGGAGGUGAGGCGAUACCAGCACCGGCCGCGAGACCAACGCCAGCCGCGUUGCCAACACCGGCGUUGCAACCGGAGCCGGUGGAGUCCGCCCGUCCAAAUGGCUUCACGCCGCCAAGCUCUGAGCGCAACAGCGUCGACGAUGGCGUGCUCGACGGCUUCAUGAGCUUUGCGACACCGCCAAGCGGCUUCGGCGCCGGCGGCAGCAGCCCCUUUGCUGGAAUGCUCGCGGCACCGGCGCCGGCGCCGGCCUCCGACGGCAUGGGGGGCCACAGGGAGGCCCCAGCCGGCCCGUAUUACACGGUCACGUUCCGAAGCGGGGGAGUUCGCGACGUCGACGAGCUCGAGGAGCCGACGCCGGAGGCCAUGGCGCGGGCGAUGGAGCAGAUGCGGCGCGAGCUCGAGAGCAUGCAGGCGAGGUCACCCGAGGCCACUCACGAGAUCGCCGUCCGCCACGAGAUCGCCCCGAGGUCGCCCUGA